UCAUGGUGUCAGAGGCUUCGAGGCCGUCCCGUCAAAGUUCAGCGAGUCCUCUAACUGGGGAAAAGUGCAAGAUCUGCAUUGAAUCUGAAGCCAACGUGGUCUUCCAGCCGUGUGGCCAUCGGACGACCUGCCAAGAGUGCAGCGUACGCUGCAAAGUCUGCCUCACGUGCGCUGUGCCUAUCCAGGAGAAAGUUGAUCUCGACGGGAUGCCUGUCAGAGGCAGAGAACAGAACCAGACGACGCCGAGAGAUCUGGACAGUCGGCUGCAAGAGCUGGAGGACCGUCACACGUGCAACAUCUGCAUGGAAAAGCCGCGAGACGUCGUCUUCAUGUGCGGACACGGCUCGUGCAAAGUGUGCGCUGAAAAUCUGGACCUGUGCCACAUGUGCCGUGUGCCGAUCGAGAGGAAGAUUGCUUUGUAUUUGGACUAAGUCCUGAAAGUGUGUAGACGCGAUAAACGUCUUAUCGAGCACGAUGCUCGUUCGCUUUCAAACACAAUGCUGGCCUUGCUUUUAUUGGGGAAGUAAAAGAGAGACGUGAAUGAGAGGAUGUGUGCAAAACGGCAAUACGCACUUAUUUAUUUGACUACAUCAUUUUUUUUUGUGUUUUAAGCACGUACACCAAGGACAAUUCUUUCGCAAACACCUCCUCCGGUUAGUUUAAAAUCUGUAUGCGGAUUUACGCAUCCCAAGUCCCACUGCAAUUUUGAGCCCCUUACGCUGCUGCGUCAGAGAGUAAAACGGCAAGAAGCUAUGCAGACGUUCUCCUAACGCACGCGCGAUGUUUUUGCGCUUGCCAUUGUGAGGGACAUGAAGAAGAGGCGUCUGAUGACAAUGCUCGGCUUGACGGUCCUUACGUGGGAUUAGCCGGGUGGCACGGAGUCUCCCCAGCGUCUUCUCUGGACCCAAAUAAAGUCUUAUUCAUCAUCAUC